AUGGAGAAAGAGAUUGUAGGACAACAGAAAAAUGGACAGUUCAACUUAUUAGUUAAAUUAACUGUCACCUUUGUGGCUGAUACAUAUUUUGGAAAACUCACAAAAUCCUGUAGUACCCAAAGCAUCCCACCAAGUGCUUUAGAGAAACAAUCACCCACGAUAUCCCGCCCAAGAAAGAACCCAUAGACCAGCAGCCCACAAGACAAUACAGUGAAUGGGAGCAGCUUCCAUUACUUUCAAGGGAAAUUUGAGCUCUCUGGGAAGAGCAGACAGUAUCCAGCAGAUGCAUUGGAGCCCCAACCUGGCAUUGGAGAUGUCAAGGACAUUGAAAAAGCAAGAAAGUCUAUGCUAGACCCAGCACACAGAUCUCAUUUUCACCUUACAACCCCAAGCUUAGUAUUUUUGUGUUUUAUAUUCGAUGGAUUACGCAAGGCACUACUCAGUGUUGGUGUGAGCAAAAGGUCUAAUAUUGUGAUUGGGAAUGAGAACAAGGAAACAGAUACUCUUUAUGCUAGCAAAUUCGAAGAUGUUAUGCCUAACUUCACUGCCCUUGAGAUGUCAUCGAUUCUCCAUCACUGCUGUGAUCUUCUGAUAGGCGUUGCUGCUGGAUCGAGUGACCCCAUAUGCACCAACAGCCUCCAAGUACAGAGACAAUUCAAGGCAAUGAUGAUAUCCAUUGGAAGACAUUUGCAUGGUAAAAGUGCUGAUUUAUUAAUUAACUAUAAUGCAGGGCCAGCUAUACAUUGGAUCAACUCAAGACCAUGGGUUGGAGGAUUAAUGUUCACAUUUCUAUUCGGAGAAUUUGUCCCUGCAUGUGAGCUACUUGAUCAAGUUAAAGUAGUUGCCAACAAAGCACAGAUGACGACCUACUACACUGUGGGAAUGUUCCUGGAUCAGUGCAUGGAUGGUUCCAUUGCUUUACCUGCUGUUGUGUCUGAGAUUCCAGUUUUUGAGCAGAGGAAAGCACUGGUUAAAAGGGCACUUGGAGAUUUCUUUGAAUUUGGAGGUGUACUUCGCCACCCUGUUAUUGGGGAGCUAUCACCACGAAUGUUCCCAAACCUAGCAACAGCAGCAAACUACUGGGCCAACAGAAGGAAUCCUACAUUUUCUGGAUUUGAAGCCCUUGACUUUAUACCAGGAUCAACUAUUACACUCCCUCUAGUUUGAAUGACAUCUGCUCGGAAAAUCUCCAGAGGAAGUGACAUGGAUCCAUAUACACUUAACAUCCUUCUCGGGUACAGGAGUUCGGGAUUUGACUAA